AUAUGCCUGAGCCCUUUCUUGCCUGCAAUCAACCCGUUACUCCCUCAUCACUACCUCUACAGAAUUUUGCUGAUCCUCCCGGCUCCACCAACACAAUGAGGUGAGCACUGCCCUUUCCAAAGUUCUCGCAAUAUGCUGGGGCUACUAUUCUAACUGCGCAGUGAGCCAAUUCUCUUUGAUUCCACCUUCGCUAUCACCGGUUUCGACCAGAAUAAAUACGACCGUGUCGCUCGUAUAUCUGGGGAGAGAGAGGAUCUGAAGUUCUCCCUUGACAUCCACGUCGAGCUCUACCCAGUUGCCGUUGGCGAGACGGUUCAACUAUCCCUCGCGUCCACCUUAUCCCCCGAUGGCGCAAAAGAGGACCCAGCGGAGAGCAAAACCGGUUGGAAGGAGAACAAGGCAGCGGAGCCGAGCCUUGCUGACACCUAUGACUACGUUUGCCAUGGGAAGGUGUAUAGAUUCGAAGAGGGAAAUGGGGAGUUCAUGUAAGAUACCUAUACUCAGGUGGCUCUAUUUCCUUCAUUGUGUUAAUAGAAUCGGGUGUUCAGCAAGGUAUUCGCCUCCUUUGGAGGUUUGCUUCUCUUUCUCGAAGGUCCUCAUAAGAAGCUAUCCUCGAUGAGACAUGAGUAUGUCUACUUACUCAUGAAAAAAUAAAUUAGACACGUUUCUAGUCAAAAAGAGAAAAAAGAACUGUAUACUGUCCCAGCAUUCACUAGUCCACAGGAUCAUAACAAUGUCAAAUUACUACGGAGAAAACACAGUCGUUCCCGCCCGGAACACCCACGGACCCGCCCCAUCUCUGUGAAACGGAGUACGACCCUCGAUAAACUUAGUCCAUAGCAUCUGUGUGAAGUUGACAGAUCACCAUGUUGGGAAUUCUAAAAUUCUAUGUAGACGGGAGCCGAUUUCAAUGUAGUCCGGUUCGUUUUCCGGGGUAAUGAUCCCAUGACGGAUGAAGAAGUCCUGAUAUCGUUAGCUUCGUGACUGCCGUGAGGACGAAUUUUCCCAUAUUCCUACCAGAAGCACUAUAAAUACUUUUAGUCUAGGUGUCUAAUUUAGCCAGGGUUGAGUUCAUACCUAAAUUGCAAUUGGGCUUAAAACUUCCUUUUGCCAAUUCAGCUUUUACCUG